CUCCAUCGUUUUAUCCCCGCUCUCACGCUAUCCUCCUAGAAUUGUAUUCCAUUAUCCUGUUUUAUUCCUGUGUAACAACAUUAAAGUGAGCUCUGGCAUAAAUGGCCUAUCCCGCUCGUCCGUAGCGUGGGCACGUUCUGGCUCCUGCACGUUCUCCACCGAGCGCCCGCGCGCCGUUUGGGAGCGCGCAGGACCCGUCCCUACAGCAGCGAGCAGCAGCGCAUCCAUCCUGCCGUGGAGCCGGGAGCGUGGAGCCGCGAGGAGCGCACACACAGAGCGACAGAAGAUGGACGGAGUGGGAUCGUUCGGAGCGGGCCGGUCCGGGUCCACUAUCGACCCGAUUACCUUCGCCAAGCAGCCGCAGACCAUCCUCAGAGUGCUGUCCUGGAUAUUUUCCUUGGUGGUCUUCGCCUCCAUCGUGAAUGAGGGUUAUGUCAACAUGGGCAGCGAGCGACUCCACUGCAUCUUCAAUAAGAACACAGACGCGUGCAACUACGGCGUGUUCGUGGGCCUGGUUGGCCUGCUGGCAUGCUCCUUCUUCUUCCUGCUUGACUACAAGUUCUCCUCCAUCAGCUCUGUUAAAGACAGGAAGAAGGCUGUAAUGCUUGAGAUCGGCUUCUCAGGUUUCUGGACCUUUCUAUACUUUGUAAGUUUCUGCUUCCUCGCCAAUCAGUGGUCUCGGACCAGAGCUGAAGAGCUGCCACUCAACCAAGGAGCAGAUGCCGCUCGGGCAGCAAUCGCCUUCUCUUUCUUCUCCAUAAUCACCUGGGCUGGUCUAACAGUGCGUGCGGUCCAGAAGUAUCUGCUCGGCACAGACAUGACACUGUUCACCACCGAACACAUGGACGGUGGCGCACCCACCCAGCCAUACCCCUCCAACUCUCCGGGAGGCGGCGGCACCACCAUCGAGACCACGGAGACCUACCAGAGCCCACCAUUCACCGAAAACAACGCAGCACCCACAUACCAGGUUCCCAUUUACUAGAAAGGAUAGACCUGGUGAUGGUGGUGGAAGAAGAAGAAGACGACAGGGGAGAGGGAUGCAGAUAAGAGGAAACUGCUUUCUGUGAUGUUACACGUGCAGUUGUUUAUGUUGAUCCGGGCUGAGUUUUCAGUAAGCGUUGAAUUAGCGGCCUCUGAUUCCUCAUUUCUUCCUCUUGGUACCUUUUCCUUCCCGAACAUUCCAGUUUUAUCAUCACUUUUGUACGCCUCUCUGUGGAGCAAGGCCACAGCACAGGUACGAGAGCUGAUAAAUCAAAAAGAAAAACAAGUGGAGGAAAUGCAGAGCAGGAGGCCACUUUUGCCGACUUCAAACGCAUUUUGACAAAAAAUAAGUAUGAAAAAAAAGUGAUCAACAAGUCAGUGACUCCACCACAACAAAGCAGUAUUAGAUCCCUAAAAAUAGUGCAGGAGGCACUCGCAUCCAGAGAGCACCCUUGUCUUAUUCUUUUCAUUUAUUCCAAAUCCCCUUUCAUGCCAAACACUGCAGGGAAUCGUUUUUCUUUUUCUUUUUUUUGGUUGUUGUUUUUCUUUUUCUUUUUUAGCUAGAGUCUGGUCUUUCCUCGUAUGUUCCCUGCUGCAGUUAGAAACCAUCAUCUGCAUUAAAUCUGCAUGUUUCCAAACUUAGAGAUCAACUAAGUGCCAUACUGUACUGUGUGUUUCAGACAGUGACUUAAUUUAGUAGUUUUCCACAUGCUGUAAAGAAAAGAAAAACAAAAAAAACACAACGGCAAUGUUUUUGUGACCAAGUGCAAUAUUUCACAUUCUUAUGUAAGUAGGUAGAUGCAGUACUGUAGGUAAACUAGUUUAGGUCAAUUUCAGGUGCUGUCUCAAAUCACAUGCAAUUCUUUGGAUUGUGCUGAUAAGUCUCGACGAUCUGACCACCCUGGUGAUGUUUUGCAGGAAAUGAAAGUUGUAUCAGAUGAUCAAAGCGCUCCAGAGAGAGAGAGAAAGAGGGAAUUUCUCUUCCAUGGAAGCUGAGCUAUUAUAUAUAUAAUUAGAAAAGUUCAAAUUGUGCUAUAUCAUCCUUUCAGACAUGUUUUAGUCUCCCUUAAUGAAAUCUAUCGCACAUUUUAAAGCAAACGACACUCACGGUGCAAAAUAUAAAUGGUACAGUGUCACCCUGACUGAGCCGGUGUGAUUUUGGGGGUCAGCAUGAUUACACUUCAAAUUCAGUGUGGAAACCUUCAUCCUUAUUGAAUCACCAUUCAGUCUGGUAUAUUUCUGUGCCUGGCAUGAAUGGAUUAUUAAAUGGACCUAAUGGGCUCCUGCGCUGGAAGUGAUUAUUAAUCCUGGAAAGUCAGUUACAUGACUGUUAAAAACACACACACACACACACACACACACAAACUGAUCAGGAGUUCGGGGGGAGGGUGGGGGCUUUUACAGCCUGUGCCCAGGGGGCCUUUGUCUCACAAUCAAUCCACGGUGCCAGGGAAUGUAUUCAGUGUGUUAUUUGAGACAGCGCCCUGUGCUGACUGCUGUGUGUACAAAAAUCAGGAGAGUGGGAGAUAUUCUGGGUAAAUUAUGUAGGUCCGUUUAUGUUUACGUUUUAGAAGCUGCCAAACUGCCCUGUGUUCUUAUUGCUGUCUUCUGAUUACCACGUUACUACUACGUUACUACUAUGUUGUUAAUAGGAUCUUCUGGAGGGGGGGGCAAAAGAAAGAAUAUAGUUGGGGGGUGUUACAGAUCGCUCGCUGGCUAAUUCAUUGAUCCUGCAAUCCCGCCACAUUAAGGAGAGAGCGGCGGGUUGGGGUGUAAUAAUUAGUUGCCAUGACGACAGGGUUGUGUGGAUGUUGGUCACCAGGGGCCCUGAUGUAGAUAGUACCUAUGCCAACCAUGUCGGUGUGUAGCAGUGUCUGUGCUGUGCUUCGCGUGCACGCUCUCAUCAGUGAAUCUGUGGUGUCGUGUGGUGUGUGUGCGACCGUGCGAGUGUGUCCACGUGCACCAUCGUCGUGCACGAGGGACGUGUAAGUCUGCACGCUUGUGUCCAAAGCCGUGAGUGUGUGCAGUCAGUUGGGUUCUGUGCUGCAUCGAAGUUUGUUUUUUCUUUAACGUGCAUUUAUCAGAGAGGGGGAAUCACGAGCGUGCUACAAUAUUUAAUCAUUUUGCCUCAGUAAAAACACUAUUUAACCUCAGUGUCACUGAUAAGGUAUACAUAAUGCAAAGCAAAUUAACUGGGCCAAAUCUAAAAGAAUUCUAGUUAAAGUGACACACAUGACCAGUCGAAAGCCUUGCUUGCUGUUCUAAUGGAUCCAGUGUAAAUGGUUAUCUCUGCUGCGGCAGGACAACUGAAGCAAUCGUCAUAAUAAGGAAAGAAAAUUGUUUGUUAUAUAUCGAAUGCUGUGUCACUCCGACUCUGAUAGGAUGUUUUAGAAAGACUGGCAGCAUCGGUGAAGCUGACAGGAUCAUUUUAUACGUUUGUAACCGCCAAUGUAUCCAUACUUUAAAUUUACUUUCUGAUUCCUCAGUUGUAGUUUUGCACAAGUGUGUACACACCUUUAAAAAAAACAAACAACUUAAAGUAUUAUUAAAAAUCCAGAUCCGGCCCUUGAUUUCAUGGACUGGAGCUACAGGAAGCCAACAGACUGAAAAUGUUAACUACUGUAGAUAUGUAGUUAUAGAAAAAAAACUCUUAUUCUGCAAUAAUAGAAUUUCUGUGUGUCCUCAGUUCCAGCACUCAAAUGAAUAACACUGAUCUACCUGUGAUCUUUAAAAAAAAAACAGUUUUACUCACCUCGCCGUCUGUCAGCGAGUGUUAAGUUAAGCAUGUCUUUAAAACCGUGGGAUAAUCCAACAGUCCUGUCUUUCAGAGUUUUAUUUUGGGACAGGGUGCAACGCCACUGGCUGCUGGACUACAGCUAGAAUAGGGGACAGGAGGAGUACCGUUAAGUCUAUUUGUAAGAGUUAAAGGACUACACUUUGUGUUUUAGCCCACCAGCUGCAAAUUGUGCACAGAUCCCCUACUUUUCACACGGGCUGGUCUUAGUUUAUUUGAAAAUGCUUUGAAUAUGUUCUCACAGACUCCAGCUUGGUUUACGUGUUGUUUGUUUGUUCAGAUUUAUCUGUUAAGGACGCUGGCUUACCAUAAACCACAACCUGCUAAUAAAUAAAAACUUUGAAAGAAUAUUUAAUCAUAAAUAUAGGGUUUUUUUUAUACUAUUUUUGACACCAUUUUUCUAGAUUAGACAUUUGACAUAGUUGAAAGCAGCUUUGUUGCUGGUGGAGUCUGCCAUUGCCAUUCUGAGAAAUCGGAUUUAAGCAGCUAUGGAUACAGUUUAAGUUCAGUUUAUGGCAUGAGUUUUGAAAAUAGUCUGUCGUUAUGUGUUAGAAAGCACCGAUGUAGUCCUUUAAGUCUUCAGUGUUGCCGGGAUGGUAGUGAACAGAUAACUGUGGUUGGGUGAGAGGUGCUGCUGGGGUGUUACUGGGUAGAUUGGGUUGCUGUCAGGUCAGGUUGUAUUGAUGUUCUCAGUGCUUCAGUCUCUUCUUCAGUCACUGUGGUAGAUAAUAAUAAAAAUAAUACAAGCAUUCUCUGUGUUUUGUGCUCUGGCCCAUGUACACCACCGUGGUAUUGGUUUGAUUGUAAAAUUCAGUAUGUUAUUGAAGUAAAUGAAAUUAUUGUGUGAUGCUGUUCAGGGUCUGAUGUGUCCACUACUACAGAAAAUUUAAAAAACAACAACAAAUAAAUAAAUUUAUGUCAAUAAUGCAUAUUUAUAACUAGAAAGCACUCUCUGUUGGAAAUACUUUGUCCGAUCACUCUUAAAGGGGCUAAAAUCAGUCGUUCAUGCCAUUAAUCUGUUAGACCGAGGUCAUAAAGAAGGCAUGUCAUAUAGUACAAUGCGUUGCAUGGAUACAUCAACCAAGAAUUCAAGUGAACAUUGAUUUUAUGGCGUGUUACCCCUUAAACGUUUCUUCUGAGUUGCUUCUUCCUUUCCUGAAGGUGUUUGACCUCUUCAGUGUAAAAACGCGUGUACAGAGAUGUGUAUCACUGUCUAUUACCUGAAUGUCUCUGGACUGCAGUCUGACCAUCACUCCAAUAAAAAAGAAACCAUG